AUGCACCGGACACAUCAAGACAGUGAUGUCAGUGGAUGGAUGAACUCGAUAGCUAGACUGAUCAGUGUGGCCGCACUAGCAGUUGCUAUUCCAUCACUGCUGUCUGUAACAUUACUGGGAUUGCCAUUGGACUGGACUCAUCAACUGCUGCUGGCAGGACUGGCUGUGGCAGCAGUUGAUAUUGCCAAUGUAGCAAUGAAGCCAAAAGCAAGCAUGACUCUUUCUAAUUGCGACAGUCCAUCUCAACAUCAGGGAUUGCAGGCUGUUCAUCUUCCUAUAUCCUAUGCAACCCUCCCAAAAGGUUUCCCCCAUUCUUCCACUUUCAAUAUACAGUCAAUGGCUUCAACCGAGAUGUCUUCUACUUUGGCACCUGCUGCUGCAUCUGAUCCCAUUCUCAAAGACUCUGGCGGUAACAACUCUUCCACCGCAUCGAUCCAGCAUGCAUCAGUAAAGCCAGACCCAUACAUUGGCGAACUGGAUGAGCUGGCUAACCGCUUUGUUGGCCUCUGCAAUUUGGAAGCAGAUCCUGUAGGCACUGGUUCGUCAUUCAAGUGGCAGCCAGUGGUGGAUCAGACUAAAGGCAACUUUGCUAUCCAAGUACAUCAGCGAACGGGUCAUAGUGUCUUCUUUCGGGUUGUUGUGGAUCUGGAAUCUACUCCAGAGGAAGCAUUUGACUUGCUGGCCGAUAUCACCAUUCGACCCACUUGGGACGAUAUGUGUGAGACUGCUGAUAGAAUCGAAAGUGUCUCUGGUGCAACCAACAUUCAGUACAUAAGAUCGAAAGGUGUAUGGCCAACUGCACCUCGUGAUGCUCUUGUGGUAGCAUUUGUCAAGCGUCUGGAUGAUGGCAGGUAUCUUAAUGUGACUCAUUCAAUCGACUCUCAUCCAAACUAUGAAUCUAUUUCUGGCGAUGUGCGUAUGAUGGCUCACUUGGCGGGUGUAUUGGUUGGUCCACAUCCAACAAAACCAAACAUGACACGAUGCUUCCAAAUCGUCGAUGGUGAUUUGGGAGGCUGGCUGCCACAAAGUGUUGUUGGUUUAGUUACUACCCAGGCAUUUCCAGUAUCUAUGCGCAGAGUCAAUACUAUAUUGAAAGAGGUAGAUACUCCGCGAACCGUCUCGAAAAUUAUUGAAAGAGCUGAGCUUAUUCAAAAAUCUGGGGAUAUUCCAGCGGACUCAAUUGUUGCACAGACGGUACCAAAAGCUGCAGAUACCAUCUCUGACACGGCUUCCUCGCUUGCGAAAAGAAAUCCUAGACGAGCUAUAACCGUAGCUUCAAAACGAUCGGUUAUGAGUAUUUUUAAAUUUAUUUAUAAGAUUCUUGAAAAGUCGCAGCCUCUCAUGGUUCUAGUUCUCUUUAUAGCUUAUUUUUUUAAAAGAAAAUGAAUAUAUAUC